CGCUUAUCCCGGAGCCGGCCCUCUCCCCAACCCCUCUCUCUCUAUCUCUCUCUCUCAUAAACCGCACAUUCUUCCCAUUUAAAUUCCAACACCACAAAACUGAACCCACUAUGGCUUCAGUAAUACUUUCAACCACACCUCCAGCCACACCAAUUUCCACACCAUCACGUAAACCUCUCUUCCUUUUCCCCGCCAAAAUCUGUUUCCUCACUCUGGUUCCACGCAAGAUUCUCUCUCCUCUUCGAGUAGCUGCUCCACCAACGCAACAACCUCAUUCACAAUCUCAAUCUGUAUCCGAUGGGGUAGAAGAAGAAGUAGUCGAGAUCCAAGACAACGAAGAGAAUUCUCCCUCUAAGUUCAUUUGGAGGGACCGCUGGUACCCAAUCUCUCUCAUAGAAGACCUAAACCCUGGCAUCCCAACCCCUUUCCAGCUCCUCAACCGCGACCUAGUCCUCUGGUUCGAUCCAUCGCAGUCCCAAUGGGUUGCUUUCGACGACAAAUGCCCCCACCGUCUUGCUCCUCUCUCUGAAGGAAGGAUAGAUGAAAAUGGGCACUUGCAGUGUUCGUACCAUGGGUGGUCCUUUGAUGGGUGUGGAUCUUGUACUGGGAUCCCUCAGGCCUCGCCGGAGGGGCCGGAAGCUCGAGCUAUUCGAUCUCCGAGUGCGUGUGCAACGAGGUUUCCGACUAUGGUGUCUCAGGGUCUUCUCUUUGUUUGGCCAGAUGAGAAUGGCUGGGAGAGAGCUCAAGCCACCAAGCCCCCCAUGUUGCCUGAUGACUUUGAGAAUCCGGAGUAUUCAACUGUGACGAUCCAGCGUGAUUUAUUCUAUGGAUAUGAUACCCUCAUGGAGAAUGUCUCUGAUCCUUCCCACAUUGAUUUUGCGCAUCACAAGGUUACAGGGAGGAGGGAUAGAGCCAAGCCUUUGCUCUUUAAGAUGGAGUCCACGGGCCAUUGGGGCUUUGCUGGAGCAAAUGAUGGGAACCCAAAAAUCAGUGCCGAAUUUAUUGCACCUUGUUAUUACAUGAACAAAAUAGAGAUUGAUACUAAGCUUCCCAUUGUGGGUGAUCAAAAAUGGGUAAUUUGGAUUUGUUCCUUCAAUGUACCAAUGGCGCCAGGAAAGACCCGUUCAAUUGUUUGCAGUGCUCGAAAUUUCUUCCAGUUCACAAUGCCAGGCCCAGCGUGGUGGCAGGUGGUUCCAAGAUGGCAUGAGCAUUGGACUUCAAACAAGGUAUAUGAUGGGGACAUGAUCGUGCUCCAAGGGCAAGAGAAGGUAUUCCUAUCAAAGUCAAAGGAGGGUGGUGCUGAUGUCAACAAGGAGUAUACCAAGAUUACAUUUACACCCACACAAGCUGAUCGCUUUGUCUUGGCAUUUCGGAAUUGGCUGAGGCGACACGGCAAUAGCCAACCUGAGUGGUUUGGCAUCACUGACCAACAACCAUUGCCAUCAACAGUCCUAUCCAAACGUCAGAUGUUGGAUAGAUAUGAGCAGCACACCCUGAAGUGUUCAUCUUGUAGAAAGGCUUACACAACAUUCCAGACAUUGCAGAAGCUUUUGAUUGGUUCUGCUGUUGUCUUCGCUGCAACAGCUGGAAUCCCUGCGAAUAUGCAAUUGCGGAUUAUUUUGGGUGGAGUGGCAAUUGUAAGUGCUGCUUUGGCUUACACUUUCCACGAACUCGAGAAGAAUUUUGUGUUUGUUGACUAUGUACAUGCGGAAAUCGAAUAACUUCAUAGAGAAAACCAGCUUGAUGCUGCCAUACACAAGACAUGUCAUUAUUGGAAUUAUAGACCGUCGAUUUGAACAUUGACAAAUUGUGGUGCUGCGCUUUCUCUAGUUGAACCCUCUUGCAAUGUUCUAAAAAGCGCUUAGCGCUAGGCGGGCGGCCGACCACCUUCGAGCUUCGUGUCCUAUUAAUCGGCCAUUAAUCGCCUUUUAGCAAUUUGAUGAAGGACAAGAUCGUAGGUUUUUUUUUUUAAUAUUUUGGAAACCUUUAUUUAGGAACAAUAUUAUUAUGAAACUAUAUUUGUGCUGCCUGUUUUGCACGUGUCUUAUUUUUCUAAUUUCUAGUUUUUGUAAGGUUUAUUAUUUCCUUGGAGAUUUUAUUUUCCUUUUUAUGGUCUUGGUUUCCAAGUAAUUGUUUUAUUUGGUUAUCACUUUAAGUAGUUACCUUAUUGUUAGGACUCCUAUUAGUAUAAAUUGGGGUGUAAGUUAUUCAAUUAUAAAACUUUUUAAAAGCUUUUAAUCAA